UUCACGGGGCAGCCUGCAGCGGUCCGCCCGCGGCCGAGGGCCGGUUCCCUCCAGCGCGUCACCGCGCCCGCCAGCGAUUGGCCCGGGCAGGCUGCCGCCGCCAAUGGCCGGCUCUCCCGGCGCGCGGCUCUUGAAUCUGGUUGCACCUGGCGCCGGCCCCUGCGCCUGGCUGUCUCCUCCAGGAAGCCUUGCCUGAGGCGGCGCAGGGCGCGGGGCCACGGUGCAGAUCCCCCGGAAGGCCGGAGACUGCGUGUCCCGCCAGGGCGCUGCCGGACAUGGCCGAGGAGCGGCCAGGGGCCUGGUUCGGCUUCGGUUUCUGCGGCUUCGGACAGGCGCUGGGCUGCGGGCGCGGGCGGCAGGUGCACAGCCCGGAGCCGCUGCGGGCGGGCGCCGACGUCUGCUGCGUGAGCGCCGCCUGGAGCUACACGGCCGUCGUGACCCGUGGAGGCCGCGUGGAGCUGUCGGGCUCCGUGAGCGGUGCGGCGGGCGGCUGCAGGGCCGCGUGGGCUGCAGAGGGGCUCGUCGCGGUGCUGUGCGGCGGGCCGGGACCCGAAGCCGAGCUGCAGGCCUGGGCACCUGAGUCGGCGCUGCGCGGGGAGCCCCUCUGGGCCCAGAAGGUGCCGCCGGAGCCCGAGGGAGAAGAUGGGACGCGCGGCGGCGAGGCCCGGGCCGGACCGCUGCCCCUGCUGCCCUGCGCCCGCGCCUACGUGAGCCCGCGGCCUCCGCUUUAUAGACUUCUGGCCCCGGAGCUGCGGGCGCGCAGGCUGGAGCUGGGCGCGGAGCACGCCUUACUGCUGGCCGCCGGGGGCCAGGUGUUCUCCUGGGGCGCUGGCAGGCACGGACAGCUGGGCCACGGGGCUCUGGAGGCCGAGCUGGAGCCACGGCCGCUGGAGGCGUUGCAGGGCCUGCGGAUGGCCGAGGUGGCCGCGGGGGGCUGGCACUCCGUGUGUGUGAGUGAGGCUGGGGAUAUUUAUGUGUGGGGCUGGAAUGAAUCAGGGCAGCUGGCCCUGCCCGCCCGGAGCCUGGCAGAGGACAGAAAGGCCGUCGUGGGGAAAGCCACCGGCCCGCAGGAAGAUGGCCGCGAAACGGGGAGAGCAGCCGCGGGUGAGGACGGAGCCCCCGUGGCCUUCAUAGCCGUGCAGCCCUUCCCAGCCUUGUUGGAUCUCCCGCUGGGGGCAGAGGCGGUCAAGGCCAGCUGUGGGUCCCGGCACACGGCCGUGGUGACACGAACGGGCGAGCUCUACACCUGGGGCUGGGAUGUUCAAACCUCAGGCUGGGGACACCAUCCAAGCCCCCCACAGGGUGGCUGGCAGCCUCGCCACUGCUCCCACAUCGGCACCUGCAGGAGGCCAGAGUCGGUGUCCAGCGGCGGGCACGGAACCCCGGCGCUCUGACGUGGAAUGUGAGCGUCUCCGCCAGCAGCGUGGUAACCACUCGGCUAGACGCUCGCCGGGUCUUCUCGCGUUCGGACUGUUCCGCCUGCUUGUGUCGGUUGUUAGGAGAGGAAUGCUAAGUGUCCGGCUGACCUGUGGAUCUCCGUUUCUGCUCCCUCGUACCAGUGCUGCUCUGCGUGUCUGGCGGCUGUCCUUAGGUGCAUAAGCGGACGGAAGGGGGGGUGUUGCUGAAAUGGUGGAGCCGGGAAGCCAUCUCUCCACAGAAGCAACUCACUAGCUGGCAGUCCCACCGGAAGCAGCCUUUACAGAGGUCUAAAGCGAGUUCCAGACUGACAGCCGGGGCCGGUGCUGUGGCAUGGCAGGUAGAACUGCUUCCUACAAUACCAGCAUCCCACAUGGGAGCGGGCUCGAGACCCGGCUGCUCCUCUUCCGAUCCCGCUCCCUGCUAAUACACCUGGGAAAGCAGCUGAAGAUGGCCCAAGUGCUUGGGCCCCGGCAUCCACGUGGGAGACCCAGAAGAAGCUCCUGGCUCCUGAUCAGCCCAGCUCUGGCCAUGUGUCCAUGUAGGGAGUGCGCCAGUGGAUGGAAGACCUCUCUCUGCUUCUCCCUCUCUGUAACUCUGCCUGUCAAAUAAAUCAAAGAAGAAAAGACUGACGAGCACCAGGGAGGCUGGCAUAAAGCAGUUGCUUCUCUGUGGCCCCAGCGCCGUGGCCUUUGCAGUCCCACACCCAGGCGGCUGGGCCGGAGAACCACAGCUUGCACGCGGGGUGCACCAGCAGGCACCAGAGGGCACGGCACAGGCCUUUUGGAGAGCAGUGGCAGGCGUGCGUCCUGCCCUCCCGAGGAAGGCGUCGCCAGGCAUCUAGGCCGGGUCACUGCGGACUCUGCAGUGUCUGCAGUGAGCGAGACUCUGCCUGAGAGCCUGGAGCGGAGGCAGCGGAGAGCCGGGCAGGAGGCGUCCCAAAGUGCUCGGGCCGGGGCACCCAGGCUGCAGCCGCGCUCAGGAAGGCCCGGGGGAGCACAACCUCCCCUUGGCUGCGCGGUGAGGGCUGAGGGAGCGCGCGUCCUGGCACGGGCCGGCUAUAGGCUGGGAGAAUUGUUGCUUUCAUUUCCUUUUAAUGUCAGCCUAGCGAGAGUGCAGCAUACAGAAUCAGUACACAGUACAGAUGUUUCUCUGCAGGCGGGCAGCCAGUCACUGGACACCGUAACUAACAAUUCCAGACUCAAGAUCCACGUAGCAAGAUGUGUCCCAGGGACCUGCAGAGCACUGCUGAAGUCGAGAAAAGCUAACCCGGGAGCAGCCCCCAAGCUGACGAGGGCCAGUGCACGCUUAUUCAGAAUCCGAGCAGGACGCCGUAGUCACCGACAGCUGGUCCAAAAAUCCAGCCACACAAAGGACCUGAGCAGCCGAGGUAACUUCCGAGCCAAAACCUGGAGAGACUGGCCUUCUGUGAGCCGGCAGGAUGCAGGGAGCCGUGAUGGGGUGGGGGGGCCCUCCACGGUGACAUUCUUGUAGUGACCACAAAGCGGGAGGCCACCACCAGCCGGCUGCAGUCUGGGAUCAGGACAGCAUGUGGUGCCAGGACAGACAACUGGGACGAGAGCGCCCACUGUGAACGAUCGGAUGCCCGACUGCUGCUUCCUUCUGUCCGGGAUUCACUGUGUGCGAGGGGCACGCAGUCCCUCUCGCUGGCCACUUUCCUCACAGAGGCCAGGCCGGUGCUCGGCUCCCCCACCCCCUCCCUGCACGGCUGCACAGCUCCGCCCUUCUCAUGAGAACUGGACGCCUAUGCUAAAAGGAUGGACUUGAUGCUCUACCUGGUACAUGCAGACCUGGAUCAUACAUGUAAAUGUGAACAUAGAACUUUAAACUCCCAGGAAAAAACCGUCAUGCUCUUGGGUUAGGCAAAGGUUUUGUAGCUAAAACAAAAGCACAAUCCAAAGAAGUGAACUUCAUCAAAAUUAAACCCCACUCUCCAAAAGAGGAAGCGAGAAGCACUGGGCGGACAGCUCUGCGAGCCGUGUAUCUGAUACAGGGCUGAUUCCAGACCACCCAGAGAGCUCUCAAGAUGCAACAGUAACGUUAAAGGCGGAGGAGGCUUUGGCACAGAGGCUGAGAUGGUGUUUGAGACGCCUAUGUCCCACACCAGAGUCUGCGUUUGGGGCCGGCUCUGUUCCCGACUGCAGCUUCCCGGUGAUGCAGGCCCUGGGAGGCAGCAGUGAUGGCUCAGGUGAGCGGGGGUCCCCAGCUCCUGGCUCAGGGCUGCUGUGGGCAUUUAGGGAGGAGCUUGCCCUGCCUCAGAUCUUAAAAAGGACAACAGAAACACCCAACAGUAAGAGCAGAUGACUGUUUUUAAAAUGGGCGAAGAUGGUGAUGAGGCAGGGCACCAGAGCUGAGCUGGCCGACGGGACGUGGAAGGGCAUCACCAUUCACCGCAGACAGGCACACUCGGCCGCGGGACGCCACUUCCUCCCGCCAAGCGGCUAGUUAGACUGGCCACACAGACCUGGGGAUGGUGGGACUGGGGACAGCCCUCCUUCCUGGUGGGAAUGGUAAAAUGCUAAAACAGCCCUGGAAAAGUUAGGCAGUUCUUAAGCUAAAUACACACCUGCCAUAGAUGUAACCCAGCCAUCCCACUUAGGCGUUUACUCAGUCCACAUCCACGCAAAGACUGGGAUGUGACCGAUUCCUGCAGCUUCCCUGUUCUUCCCGCUGAAACCUGGAAACGCCCACUGUGACCCAGCCUCCAGCAGGAACUCCGCCCCGUGCACAGCCACGCAGCAACACAACCAUCAGCCGUGGGUACAACAGCUCAUCCCUGUUAAGUCUGCUGACAUCGACCUGAACAUACAAACCCCUCUACAGCGACGGAGCUCAGUGGCUGCAAACGGGGGCGAGAGGAGGGAGGAGACCCGGAGGGGUGACGGCUCUGCUCGGUCCCUGCCCUGUGCUGCUGGCUCCCCUGCGGGGGGGUCCUCUACCCCGAUGGACUUUUAGCAAACAAUGUCUUUAGAGAAAUGAGAUGCACUUAAGAUUUAGAACCACACAAGAAGUAUAGAAAUCAUUAUGUCCUGUUAGUCUACUCU